UCCAGCCAAUCGGCGUGUGGCGCAGCGCCUCCUCCCAUCACGCCCCUCUGUUGUCGGCAGUAUGGCCGUCGUCUUGUAGCUGCUGCUGCUGCUCAGAGAUUAAAGCUGCACUGCUCUCAAACAUGUCUGCUGUGCUUUUCCUCAAAACCUCGCUGAGCAGACUCCCUCCCCGGGUCGCUCGGCAGGUUGUCGGCUGCUGUUACUAUCACACCAAGCAAGGAGUCUACGGGUACCGACCCAAACAGACCGAGAGCCAGCUCCAGUAUCAGGUCGACCGCAUCGCAGCGCUCAAUCAAGAUCAUGGUCUGGCUCGUCUGGUGGAGGCAUACAGAGCACAUGGACACAAGGCUGCUAAAAUUAACCCCUUACUACCCCAAAAGCCUGUUGCUGACAGUGUCCCCGAGAUAGACGUGCUGAAGGAGACAGUCAGAGGACAACUCAACACAUCAGGUCUACAGCAUUUUGGCAAAGCGGAGGCUUCAGUCGAAGAGGUUCAGGCCUACCUGGAAGAAGCCUACUGUGGCCACCUGUCAGUGGAGAUCAGCCAGCUGAGCAGCCUGGAGGAGAGGGAGUGGUUCGCUGACCGCUUUGAGGAACUCAAGAAGAAGAGUUUCUCCGCAGAGGAAAGGAGGCAGCUGGCCAAAGUCAUGCUUGAGUCUCAGGAAUUUGACCACUUCCUGGGCACCAAGUUUGCUACUGUGAAGCGUUAUGGAGGAGAAGGAGCAGAGAGCAUGAUGGGUUUCUUCUACGAGCUUUUCUACCAGUUGGCCCACAGCGGAGUCACUGACAUUGUCAUCGGCAUGCCGCACAGAGGCCGCCUCAACCUCCUGACAGGCCUGCUGAAGUUCCCACCAGAGCUCAUGUUCCGAAAGAUGCGCGGCCUCAGCGAGUUUCCUGACACCUCGCCUGCCAUCGGCGACGUCCUCUCCCACCUCACGUCCUCAGUGGAGUUAGAUUUCGGUGCUGGACACCCUCUUCACGUGACCAUGCUACCCAACCCGUCUCACCUCGAGGCGAUCAACCCCGUGGCUCAGGGCAAAACCAGAGCCAGACAGCAGCUCAGGAAGGAAGGAGACUAUUCACCCGAAGACAAGGCUCAGUCUGGAGACCAAGUCGUCUGUCUGCAGGUCCAUGGUGACGGCUCUUUCACUGGCCAAGGGAUCGUUCCAGAAACUUUGACCCUUUCAAACCUUCCUCACUACAGAGUCGGCGGGAGCAUCCACCUCAUUGUGAACAACCAAGUGGGUUACACCACUCCGUCGGAGAGAGCGAGAUCCUCUUUGUACUGUAGCGAUGUCGGUAAGAUGGUGAACUGCGCCGCGAUCCAUGUAAAUGGGGAUGAUGCAGAGGAGGUCCUGCGGGCCACCCGGCUGGCUGUGGAGUAUCAGCGGCUUUUCAGGAAGGACGUCAUACUGGACCUGAUCUGCUACCGUCAGUGGGGCCACAACGAGCUGGACGAGCCUUUCUUUACUAAUCCUGCCAUGUAUAAAAUCAUCCGAUCCCGUAAGAGUGUUCCUGACGCCUACUCAGACCAGCUGAUCGCAGAGGGGCUGAUGACCGAUGUCGAACGUGACGAGAUCAAGUCCAAAUACUACAGCAUGCUCAACGACAAGCUGUCCAACAUGACCCUGUACAGCCCUCCACCCACCAACCUGCAGGGCCGCUGGGGCGAUCUGGUGGAACCCCAGGCCAGAGUCACCACCUGGGACACAGGUGUCCCCGUUCCUCUGCUACAGUUUGUCGGAGCAAAAUCCGUGGACAUCCCUGAGCAAAUCCAGCUGCACAGCCACCUUGGAAAGACCCACGUACAGGCUCGGUUGCAGAAGUUGCAAGAAGGGACCAAACUGGACUGGUCCACAGCAGAGGCCUUGGCUUUUGGCUCUCUCCUCUCUCAAGGCUUUAAUAUCCGAAUCAGCGGACAGGAUGUCGGAAGAGGAACGUUCAGUCAGCGACACGCCAUGGUGGUGUGUCAAGACACUAAUGACAUGUACAUCCCUCUAAACCACAUCAGUGAUCAGCAGACAGGUUUCCUCGAGGUGUGUAACAGCCCGCUGUCUGAAGAGGCGGUGCUCGGAUUUGAAUACGGUAUGAGUAUCGCUCAGCCGAAGCUCCUUCCCAUCUGGGAGGCUCAGUUUGGAGAUUUCUUCAACGGAGCGCAGAUCAUCUUUGAUACCUUCAUCUCUGGAGGUGAAGCUAAAUGGCUGCUACAGAACGGGAUGGUGAUCCUGCUGCCUCACGGUUACGAUGGAGCCGGACCUGAGCAUUCAUCCUGUCACAUGGAGCGCUUCCUCCAGAUGUGUGACAGUAAAGAGGAGGGAGUGGACGGCGACAAUGUGAACAUGGCUUUGGUCAACCCAACCACUUCUGCUCAGUACUUCCACCUGCUGAGGAGACAGAUGAUCCGAAACUUCCGCAAACCCCUCAUCGUGGUCGGACCCAAGACUCUGCUUAGAUUUUCCGGGGCAGUUUCCAGUCUGGCUGAAAUGGCACCAGGAACGUCUUUCAGACCUGUGUUGGGUGAUACUUCAGUCUCAGCACAAAGUGUCCAGAGGGUGGUGCUGUGCUCAGGGAAGCAUUACUAUGCCCUGCUGAAACAGAGGGAGACAUCCGCAGCCAACCAGAACACAGCACUCAUCCGUGUGGAGGAGCUGUGUCCGUUCCCACUGGAGCCUCUGCAGCAGGAGCUCAAAAAAUACACCAAUGCUAAAGAGUUUGUAUGGAGUCAGGAGGAGCCUCAAAACAUGGGUCCCUGGUCUUUUGUAGCUCCCAGGUUUGAGAAGCAGUUGGCCUGCAAGCUGCGGUUAGUAAGCCGACCCGCUCUGCCCGCCCCUGCCGUCGGUAUCGGGACCCUCCAUCAGCAACAACAAGAGGCCAUCCUCACCGCUACCUUCUCAUAAGACUCAACAAACCUGGGAACCAAAACACCCAGUACACCAGAGUCAGUACUACACUACAUACUGUAUCUGCAGUGGUCUUCCCACCGUCAUCACGAAGUGUGCAGGGCUGCUGCAUGGCAGAUACACGGGACCUUUAAGACGAUGUGGAUGUGCAUUAUAAAAAUAAAUCGGCCUAUUGAACUUAAUAGUGAAUACAGGUUUUAAUUAGGUUUUUCCCCCUUUCUCUCAUCUACUAUGCCUGUAUAUUUAUGUGUGACGUAUAAGGCACUACUGUAAGAAAAUAAGAUCUGAAUGGAGGCCUUAGAGACAAUGUUUACAAUGUCAUUCUAGUAAAGAGGCACUUCAGUCGUCUCACGCUGCUCUGUACAACAAAUUAAGUUGUUAGGAAUCACUGAGCAUUACCCUUUAAGUAUCUAUGUAAGAAUGCACGUCCUUUACCUGGAUUUAUGAAUGAACAAAGAGAGAUGUUACCGUUUUGACUGUUAAAUGUCGAGUUAAACAUAUUUGGACAUUUCGUGGUACAAAUUUGGGCUUGAGAAGUACUUGAACAUAAUUAUUUAAUCGUGGUUUAAACUACAAAAUAAAGGGCUAAUGUAAAUAAACCAGAUCAGAAUAUUCAAAUGGAAAUAUUUUCAAAUAAAUCUAUUUUCAUGUU